AUAGCAAUUUACCGCAUAUUGUGGCAGUUAUUGCCGAAGUGUUGGCCCGAAUGGCCAUCGAUUCUAAUAGUGAUUUGGGACAGAAAUUGAUUUCAUACCUUCAAUUCGUAAAAUCGGACGCCAAUGCGUUUGCAAAUUGUUACCAACGACUGACUGCCGAACAGCAACAGUCACUAAAUCAGACCCAAAAGGCGAGUCUUAGCAAUAGAUACGGCAGAUUAACCAAUAGUAUUCGUAGGGAAUCGUGUAAAAUAUUCAUUCGGAGAUUGAGUUUAUGUGAAGCGAAAUCACUUUUACUUAAACGGUAUAAUCCAGUGGUCGGAAGCAUUAGAUUGAUUGCGGACAACAUCAACACCACUACUGUAACCCAUUGGGAAUGUUGUAAACCCGAUGACAUCUCUCUGGGAGAGUCUGGCAGCAAGAGGUCUAACAAGUCGAUUGAGUCGAAGAUCUCGAUCACUGUUAUUGUGUCCAACUCUUUGAUGCAGUCGAGGGAACGCUUAUUCUUAGGGUUGCGA